AUGUCCCAGCAGGACAUCGCCGCCGCCGCCUCCUUUUCCGCGCCGCAGGAUCCAGGCGGGCCUUUCUCCGAGGAUCAGUUUCUGGCCGUUUGCCACGAAGUGGGCACGGCGAGGGCGAGGGCGAGGCCCGAAAGCUCCUGGCAGCUGCUGGCCGAUUCCCGCGGCUUCAGCAUCUACCGCGUCUUCGACCAGAAAUCUGGACUGUAUGAGUACAAACUCUAUGGUAGUAUUGCUGAUUGCUCCCCAGAGCUAUGUGCUGAAGUUUACAUGGAUCUGAAUUACAGACCAAAUUGGGACCGGUAUGCUAAAGAGCUAUGUGAGAAAACUCAUGAAGACAGAACAGUUAUCUACUGGGAAGUAAAUUUCCCUUUCCCCUUGUCAAACAGAGAUUAUGUUUUUAUUCGUGAACGUCGAGACCUAGAGAUUGAUGGGCGGAAGCUCCUCAUUAUAUUGGCCAAAAGUGUGUCGACUUCUCAGUUCCCUGAAAAGUCUGGGGUCAUCAGAGUAAGGAAUUACAAACAAAGUAUAGCCGUCGAAAGUGAUGGCAGAAAUGGGUCCAAAGUUUACAUGAGCUACUUUGAUGAUCCAGGUGGCAUGGUUCCUCCAUGGUUUGUGAAUUGGAUUGCAAAGACUGCAGUACCUAAAUUCUUGAAAGACAUGAAGAAGGCUUGCCUCAGGUAUCACAAGAAGAGAUAAGCUGCUCCUUGA